AUGUCUGCCCAGGUGAAGAUGGGAGAGGUCGGUGUUGGUGGGGUAUCGGGGGGGCGUCUGCACCUCAGCCCCCUGGCCGACUCCAGCAACCACAGCCCCGUGGAGCCCCCCCCGUCCACCGAGGGUUCCCUUAUCCUGGCCCGUGACCCCUCCAAACCCGCCACAGCGCCCAAGCCUCUGCUCACCCCCAAGCCCUUCUCCGUCCAGAGAAACUCCUCCAUCCGCUCAAUCUCCGCCCCCAAGCCUUUCACGAGACCCCCUCUCCAACUCGCGCAACCCUCCCCCAAAACAGAUUCUCCUAGCACUGCCAAUCCAGAUGCUUCUAGAACCCCCAAACCAGAACCUGCUAGCACCCCCAAACCAGAACCUCACCCUCAAACAGAACCUGCUAGCACCCCCAAACCAGAACCUGCUAGCACCCCCAAACCAGAACCUGCUAGCACCCCAAAAACAGAACCUGCUAGCACCCCCAAAACAGAACCUGCUAGCACCCCCAAAACAGAACCUGCUAGCACCCUCAAAACAGAACCUGCUAGCACCCCCAAAACAGAUCUUGCGAGCACGGCAAAACCCAAUUCUGCUAGCACCCCUAAAUCUGACUCAGACGGCACCACUAAAACAGACCUACCAAGGACCCCCAAACCAGAUCCUGCUGGCACCCCUAAAUCUGGCCCUGCCAAACUGGAAAAGGCCAGCCAGCCUAAACAGCCUCCUGUCGUAAAACCGAAACCAGAUCGGCCCAGCACCCCCAAAACAGAUCUGGUGGAUGACCUAAAACAGGAAAAUGUAAGCACUCCUGAACUAAACCCACCCAUCACCUCCAAACCUGAACAACCCAGCACCCUCAAAUCAGACUCAGUGGGCACCCUCAAAUCUGAACCACCCAGCACACAGAAACCUCAACCUGUCACCCCCAAAACAGACGUUGUCAGAACCCCCAAAGCAGACCCACUAGUCACACCCAAAGCCAUCCCGCCCCAAAGCCCAACCCCCCCGCGGAAGGAGGAUGGGACAGGAGGCGUGGCCUCUGUGGGUGUACCCGACCUGGUUGAGCCAGAUGAGCACAGUCCUGUUGAGCAGGGUCCUGAGACUACAGCCUCCAUAGGCUCCGCCCCCGACCCACAUGAGAUCUCGAACCCCAGUUUUGUGCCCAGCUGGAGCAGGCGCCCCCUCUCUGCUGACCUCACCUCCAGGUUCAAGCCCUCAAGCCGACCCGAGCUCCCCCGCCGGCCGCUCGGGGCCCCAGCGAAAGUGGAGGAGGGUGGGGCAGAGGCGCCGCCCCCAGAACAGAACGACUGCCUUGUGGCUGCGGAGGAAACGUGCCAGAAGAAGGAGGAGGAGAAAGAGAGGGAGCAGGAGAUCAGGGGAGGCAGUAUCAAAAAACGAAUCAGUCAGCUGUUCGACUUCGCCUCUUCCGGCGCUGCUAGCACCAGGGACCCUCCUCCGGAGGCAGAGCCUCAAUCGGCAGUGCAGCCAGUCGAAGAGAAGGAUGUCUCUGUGGGCGUGAAGCAGAGAAUCAAAAAGCUGACGGCCGAGACUCCGCCUCCUCAAACCCCAAGUCCAAAGCCAACCUUCAAGCCCCGCCCACUGUCCCAAGACCUCACAAAAUGUUUUGCAGUGGAAAAAGAGCCUGCUUUGCCAAGCAGUCCCAGGGCUUUGGAGAAGGAGGGAACCAGAGGCCCCCCAGAGGAGACCAGUGAGGCUCAUGGGAAGGACUUAAUUUCCCGUGUCCGUGAGCAGCCAAAGGAAAAAGAGAAUGGGGUCGGAGAGGAGGAGGCGGAGGAAGGGGGCAGAGAACAGGAAGUGGGGGUGGAGACUGACCAGGAAGUCCAGUCUGAGAACAAGGUGGAGAAAGGCAGCAAAGGGGGCGGAGGAGAGGACGUGAGGAGCCCCUCCCCCAGGGAUGAGGGAGGUGGGUUGAGCAGCCCUGGCUCUGCCCCCAUACUGCUGGCUGCCGAGUGCGUUCCUGUUGCACGGAUGGAGGACAAAGCCACACCCACCGAAGCUCAGCCCAAGGAUGACACGCCUACACCUGCUGCCCAGAAGGAAAUGGAGAGAGUUGCACAAAUGAAGAGGGAAAUAGAAGAAAGAAUGGAGAGAGAAAUUGAGAGAAAGAGGGAGGAAGAAAGGGUGGGGAAAGAGAGGAGAGAAAAGGCAAGGGUGGAGAAAGAGAUAGAGGAGAGGAAAGAGAAGGAAAGGAUAGAGAAUGAGAUAAAGAUGAAAAAGGAAAAAGAAAGAUUGGAGAGAGAGUUGGAAGAGAGAAGAGAGAAAGAAAGGUUGGAGAAGGAGAUGGAGGAGAGGAGAGAGAGUGAAAGAGUGGAGAAGGAGAUGGAGGAAAAGAGAAAAAGGGAAAGGAUAAAGAGGGAGUUAGAAGAGAUGAAAGAAAAGGAAAGGUUGGAGAAGGAGAUGGAGGCGAAGAAAGAAAAAGAAAGGUUGGAGAAGGAGAUGGAGGAGAAAAAGGAAAAAGAAAGAGUGGAGAGAGAGUUGGAAGAGAGGCGGGAGAGAGAAAGGUUGGAGAAGGAGAUGGAGGAGAGGAAAGAGAGUGAAAAAGUAGAGAGGAUGUUGGAAGAGAGGAGAGAGAGUGAAAGAGUAGAGAAGGAGAUGGCGGAGAAGAGAAAAAAGGAAAGGGUAAAGAGGGAGUUGGAAGAGAGCAGAAAAAAGGAAAGGUUAGAGAAGGAGAUGGAGGAGAAGAGAGAAAAAGAAAGGUUGGAGAAGGAGAUGGAGGUGAAAAGAGAAAAAGAAAGGUUGGAGAAAGAGAUGGAAGAGAAAAGAGAAAAAGAAAGGUUGGAGAGGGAGCAGGAGAAGAGAGAAAAAGAAAGGUUGGAAAAUGAGAUGGUGGUGAAAAGAGAAAAGGAAAGGGUGGAGAGGAUGUUGGAGGAGCAGAGAGAAAGAGAAAGGAUGGAAAAGGAGAUGGAGGAGAAAAGAGAAAAGGAAAGGUUGGAGAGGGAGAGGGAAAAGAGAGAAAAAGAAAGGGUAUUGAAGGAGAUGGAGGAGAAGAGAGAAAAAGAAAGGUUGGAGAGGGAGAUGGAGGGGAAGAGAGAAAAGGAAAGGUUGGAGAGGGAGAUGGAGGAGAAGAGAGAAAAGGAAAGGGUGGAGAGGAUGUUGGAGGAGAGGAGAGAAAGAGAAAGGUUGGAGAGGGAGACGGAGAAGAGAGAAAAAGAAAGGUUGUUGAAGGAAAUUGAGGAGAAGAGAGAAAGAGAAAGAGUGAAGAAGGAGUUAGAAGAAAUGAGGGAAAAAGAAAGGAUAGAGAGAGAGUUGGAGACGAAGAGAGAAAGAGAAAGGGUGGAGAAGGAGUUGGAGGAGAAGAGGAAGAGAGAAAUGAUGGAGAAAGAAAGACAAAUUGAGAUUGAAACAAAACGGAGGGAGAUGGAAAGAGAGAGGAAAAGGGAGGAUGAGGAGAGGAUGAAAGUGACUGCUGUGAAGCUGCCUGAACAAGCCCCCCAGGGAGAGAGCAGAGCGGGCGGGGCCGAUGGGGGGGGCGGGGCCAAGGAGCCGGGCGAGGAGGUGCGCUUCGACGACUUCUCGGUGAAGCCUCGGCGGUGGGGGAGCCAGGGGAGGGCCUUGUGGUCCAGCAGGGACAGCCCCGCCCUGUGGGAGGGGCGACAGGAGGAGGAGGAGUCAAAGAGUGUGCCAGAGAGAGAGGAGGCUGCGGGGACUCCUGGCGAUUGGUCCGCGUCGGUAGGCGAGCCGGGCGGCUCUGGCCCCACCUCCGCCGGCGACGGCAGCAGCACCCGGCGGGAGCCUGACGAGACCCCUCCCCAAACCCCGCCCCCAUCUCCACCCGUCCUGGAGCUGCGGACAGAAGCCCCGGAAGACACGGAGGAGGAGGGUGAGGCAGAGUUGGUGGUGGAGACAGACCCGGAAACGCUGGCGGAGGGCAGCCUGACUCCCAUCACCCCAAGACCGGAUGACCUCAUAAACUUGUCACCAGACGAGCCUCUGCCAGGAGAGCCCGACACACCUAGUAACCAGGAGACUGAUGAUGACAUCAUCGACUUCACUCCCAGCACGGACCCUGAGCCCCUCCCCCUUCCUGAGUUCCCCACAUCGCUGCUGGACACCAGCGCUCAGCUCGCGAAGGCGGAGCUUGGACGGAGGCGGAAUCGGAGUCGGCCGUCGAUGCCUCCCAGGCCUGUCAGUCAAGGCGCUCCGCUCGGCAAACUGCAGGAGGCCGUGGACGAGCCGGACGACUGCAUGUUCCGUGACUCCACAGUCGCGGCAGAGUCUUCUUAUGGGGCGGAUUUGCAUUCAGAGGUGGAGCCCUCUCCGCCGCCCAGCCAAUCGCAGAGAGUCCCCGUCUUCCCCGGAAUGGACCCUUCAGCCCUCAAGGCGGUGCUGCAGAAGCGAGGGGGGGAUUCUGAUGGACAGGCUGACAGACGCGCCCCCUCUCCGUUGGAGCUGUUGCGCCGCGUUCCGGCAUCUUCCCACCCCUCCCCCCCUCAGCUCUCCUGCCCUGCCCCCUCCCCUCCUCCGCGCACCCGCUCCACCAAAUCACCCAUCCCUCCAGGAGCAGCCAGGGUGCUGCCCCCUGCUGCUGGGACAGAGGACAGGGUGGAGUCCACACCUCCCUGGCUUCAGGAGCUGAAGUCCAAGAAGCAAUUCGCUCAGUCUGGUGGAGACCCAUAGACACCACAAAGAAAGGGUUUACACGAGGAGGAAAUGGCGGAAGCUUUGACCUUUAACCUGGAAAUGAACAGAAACUUGCUAUCAAGUUUUUUCUCUUGAGUUUUUUUUUCGUGACUUUUGCUUGUGAAUCUCGUGGCAGCAGUAGGGUUUGAUAUAUGCACAAAGUGCCUUUCCGGAAAGAGUGGAGAAAAGGGCCUUUUCUGUCGAACGAGUCUUUGCAUACAGUCACUUUACUCUCUAUCUGCACAGAAGGGGGGGGACCAAUUCUGUCCCUGCACUUGUUGCACAAGGGAAAGGUUAGCCUGCAGGACCAAGCACUUCUUAACCUGAUGCACAACAAAUUCAGGACAGGAUGAUGUUUUAAAAAAUGUUUUAUUACUUAUAAGUUUUUUAUAUAAUUAAUGCAGUCUGUCUCUGUCUUCCUGUUCACAGUUUUAAAAAAUCUGUUUCUCUCUUUUAUUUGUGUUUUGUUUUGUUACAUUUUUGUUGUUGUUGUCGAACUGGCUGUUAGACCGGCACAAAGUUUACAGGAUCAACCCUCUUAAGGGACAGUUUAAUCAAAGCACCCGGAGCCUUAGACUGUAUCCCACACUGCCCGUCUCCGGUCCCUCUGUUUAGCGCCUGUUGUGCUGGGUCCAGUGGAAUCAAAGUGUGUUUUUUAAUUCAUCUAAAAUUCUGAGAAUUUGAUUCUGAUUGGCCCAGAUGCCCUCCGAUGACACCGGUAAAAUAUUAACUUUCGUUGGUCGCGAAUGGCGAUUCACUGCGAUGCCGAACAACAAUUUUUUUAAACCUGGUUCAUAAUAUUUCUUCCUGUAGACCAAUGUAAUGUAAUGUUUGGUUUGAUCUGUAUGUGAAGAUUUCAGGCUAUCUUAGGCCCGUGUGUGCACAUGUGUUUGUGUGUGUAUGUGUGUGUGUGUGUGUGUGUGUGUGUGUGUGUGUGAAUGGUGUCUUCUGUAAAAUUAUCCUUUUGUCAGGGCUUUUUUAAAAAGAUUGUUUCUUUCUUAAUUUCAACGCAAAGGCUAUAGUCUUGUGUGAGGCCAUUGUCAAAGUGGAAAUUGAUAAAUAAAAUAAAGUUUGCUAUGAAAUGGA